GUAUUAUUGUGGAAGGAGCGACGCGUUGACAGGGACACAGUUGAAAAAGGGGGGGGUAAAACAACUUGGAAACGCAACUCCUGCCCCGCAAACAUGUCGUGGAACUUAAAGGGCCGUGCCGCCAUCGCGGCCUUCGAUCCGCCCACGCGCUACCGCAUUCUCAACUCCCACACCAUGACGCGCUGCACAAACAAACCGCUUCUGUGGGUGCUGGAGGAACUGUGCAACUUGCGCUCUUUGGGCGGUUUGGCCGGCCCACUGCACGCCGCGGACCACUUUAUCUGCCUCGUGGCCCGUCUCCUGCAGAUUUGUCCUGCCCCUGCCAUCGUGCGCGUGAUGCUAGAGCAGGAGGUGCACAAGUACAUGCGCGCCGCCGCUCUCGUGCUUAUUCGUCUGAUUGGAAGUGCGAGCUUUCAGAAGGAGGCCCUGCGGAUUGGCUGGGACGACUACCGGAAGCUGUGCCUGUACGGUAGCGACCCCGCGCAGGAGUGGGCGGAGUCCACCACUACCGCUGAUGCCGAUACGGCCACGGGCCACGCCAACACGCUGUCAUCGUCACUGCUGCCGCUUCAGCAGAAGCGCCCUCGCACAGAGGCGGAAGGCGGCGCGGAGAACCGCGACAGCGCGCCGCAACCGCCGCGUUACUGGCUGGUGCGGCUCGACGAGUUCACGGACUACCUCUUUGGCACGGCUCCGCUGCCCGACGGGCUGGGUGCCGAGCCGGUCGCCGCCGAGUCCGGUGCGGGCCGUUCACGAACGCUGCCUGCGCACGUCUUUAUGGGCAUCCAGCUGCCGGCUCUGCUCUUGUAG